AGUGACAAAUGGGGUUCGGGUCAAUUGUAAAAAUAAUCUUCUAUGGACAUCGGCUCAUUUUGCAGCAACAUAUGGACAUUUGGAAGGUCUCAAAGAAUUGAUUGCUAACGGAGCCAAUCCUCAAUUAUGUGACGUGAAAGGACAGACCCCAUUGCACAUGGCGGUCACAAAUUGUCGUACAGAAGUUGUGAAAUAUUUGAUCACAUUUCCAGAUCUUAUAGAUCGUGGAGAUAUCGAAGGUUGGACUUCGCUCCAUUUUGCGGCGAGCAAUGGCCAUAAGCUAAUAUUGGAAGAAUUGAUUGUCGGUGGAGCCAACAGAAACUCGACUACAAAAAAAGGAAUGACACUUCUCCACCUUGCUGCAGAAAAUGGUCAUUCCGAAUCAGUUAAAUAUUUGAUAGAGGAAAGUGAAAUGGCGCAUUGCAGAAAUGGUGAGGGAUGGACGCCGAUGCACGUAAAGAACGGUCAUAUGAACGUUAUUCGACAAUUAAUCGACAAUAAAGUGGAUUUGGAAGAGAAAACAAAUACUGGAGAUACACCACUGCACAUUGCAGCCAAAUUCGGAAAAGUAGAAGUAGUUGAAUUUAUAUUUGCGCACUCGGCGCUAGUCGAUAGCAAAAACUAUAACAACGAAUCUCCAUUGCGCAUCGCAGUAAAACAUAACCAAUUAUACACCGCUAUGGAACUAGCAGCAAGGUCUGUUGACAUGAAUGCUGAUUUAGGAGAGGGUCAAACUCUCUUGCACGUUGCUGUCCGAAACGGCUCAACAGACGUUUUGAAAUGGUUGAUUUCAGCAGGUGCCAAUCAUCGUUUAACCUAUCAUAGAAGGACUCCUCUGGAGCAUGCAAUCUUCUACAAGCACAUAGAUGUCGUGAAAGAAUUGCUUGCCCUCGAGACAAACACGAAUUUUGAACAUCUCGCUCAAUUCGCUAGAUCCUGUCGUGGAAUUGAAAUUGCUGAUUCAAAAUAUCAGCGUCACCCAAAAAAUAAGAACUCAUGUUUUUGCUGGGAAUUCAAAUAUUUUUGUAAUAAAAAAAAUUAA